CGUUGCCAAAUGCUAUUGAUUAAUUCGCCUCAAAUUUUUCAUGUUGAUACAAAGAUGGCGGCAACGGCGGCGACAUUAAUAUUUGAUUUUCUCAUGUCUUUCACGUGGUUUCCUUUCUUGCGCAGUUUAGCGAUGUGUUGAUAUUGUUCUUCAAUUCAAAGCCCAGCCAAUACCCAUUUUGUCGGUAUCGGUUAAUUGGAAAUUUCUCAAUCAGGAACGCAGGUAUGAACGCCAUGUUCUUCUAUCAUAUUGUUCAUGUGGGGUCUUCCUCUCGGAUAAGUUACAGCCCAGUGGUUUCAUUGUUCCUUACGAUUGUUCGCUAGGAAUGUCUUGGGUACCUAGGUACCUGAAGUCACUAAUCUUCCAAUGUUUUAAGAAUCGUUAUAGAACUUUCCAAUCCUUCCUUUUUUCUUCUUCUUACCUUAUCUUGUUUUAAACAGGCUUCCUCACAAUGCUUUUCAAUCUUAUUCCUAUCAUACUUGGCUUCAGCCUUUUCGCUCUGCCUGGGGUUUUUGCACAUCCGGCAACAGUUGUGAUUGGAGAGGAGGCAGAACCACACUUGAGAGGGAGACGAUCGUUUUAUAGGAGGGAUGGUGUUGAGCAUACGGUUUUUGAACAUGAUGCUACUAAAUCCAAGAUUGACUUUGUUACCAAUUCCGGGGUUUGCGAGACUACGAAAGGAGUUAAUCAGUACUCGGGAUAUGUUACGGUUGGAAGCGAGUUGCCUUUGGGUUUCUAGAGGAUUUGUUUACUAGUUCGUUCGCAGAUAAUCAGAGUAUGUGGUUCUGGUUUUUCGAGGCCAGAAAUAAACCCAAGAAGGCACCAUUGACUUUAUGGAUAAAUGGUGGUCCUGGUUCCAGCAGUAUGUUUGGGCUGUUCAGAGUAAGAACAUCAUUCGCCGUUAUCUAAAGGUCACUUCAGCUAAUAUCCUGUCACAAGGAAAAUGGACCCUGUCUAUUCGUUGGGGACUCUCCCGUACCAACACGCAAUCCAUACAGCUGGAACGAAUACUCCAACAUGCUCUAUGUUGACCAACCAAUUAGCGUUGGGUUCUCAUAUGGAACCAAUGAUGUCUCAUCUUCCGUGAAGCAGCCCCAGCAGUAUGGACAUUGCUUCAAGCUUUCUUCGCCAACUUCCCUCGUUACGAGGGAAGAGACUUUGGCCUAUUUACUGAGAGUUAUGGUGGGCACUAUGGUCCUGGUAAUUUUCCCUUUCGAUGCCUAGAUGUGUAGGGGACUUCCAGCUGACUAGCAGAGCAGCAUUCUCAGACUACUUCAACUCACAAAACGAAGCUAUCAAGAAGAAGAAGGUAAAAGGAGAAAAGAUAAAACUCAUCGCCCUAGGCAUAAACAAUGGCUUUAUGACGGUAUCUCCGCGUUUAUCAACUCUCCUUCUUUCUUUGUGAACAACUCCUAUCGCCCACUAAUGAGCGAAUCGCUCGCUCAAAGCGAGAUCCAAGCAAUGAAGACACGAUGUGCACCUGAAGUCAAGAAAUGUGAUACUCUCGUGGGAAAGGAAGCCAUAUGUAAUAAUGCUCAGGCAGUCUGCGAGGGCAUAGAUGGAAACGAGUUCUACCCAAUUUAUUCGAAGUCCAACUUUGCGCUCUACGACAUUCGCAUACCAGCGCCUGGGGCAUUCAGAAGCGAGACGGCCUAUAUCGAUUACUUGAAUGACCCGGCGAUAAAGAGAAAGAUUGGCGCAAAGAGCAACUUCGUCCAAGACUCGGAUGAGACAUAUGGGCUUUUCUAUGCGAAUGGCGAUGGUAAAUUUCUUCCCUCUUCCACAGGUUACAUUGAUUUCUCAUUAUACUAACCCACAGCGGCACGCUCUUUCAUUCCCACCCUCUCUUCCCUCGUCUCCUCCGGUCUCCCCGUCUUAAUCUGGAACGGUGAUGCGGAUGCACUCUGCGACUGGUUCACCAACUACGCUGUGACGACUCAAAUUUCAUAUCCUGAUGCUGCGAAGUAUAAAAAGACCAAGGUGGCGCCAUACAAGACGAACGGAGUCGUGAAGGGCGAGUUCAAAAGCGUGGGGAAGUUGAGUUGGUUGAGGGUCUUUGAGGCAGGCCAUCCAAUACCUUAUGACCAGCCGGAAUUGGCCUUACAAGCCUUUAGUCAGUUCAUGGAGAAAGGGAAGCUUUGGUCUACUUGAUUAUUUUGUGAUGGAGAUGGAAACCAUAGGUGUCGGAGUCGAGAACUGGGUGUCUUUGUUGGGAGAGUGGGAAUUGAAUACACAAUCCUAGACUAAAGCUGGUCAUGACCCAUUACUUAAUUAGUGAUCAUCUGGGUGUGGUACUCUGUCUUUCGCUGUCUCAUUUGACAGGGGGGUUCUUUGGGAAAAUGUAGAUCUUGACUGAUGUUCAUGUUCAAGCUUUUAGAAUAAAU